AUGAAGAAACUAUUGAGCGUGCCACCGCUGGUAGCUGUCAUUGCAGCACUGAUCGCGGUGCGAUGUGCGGCGGAGGUUCCUCCAGCUGCCGUGAUCUUCGGCAUGGAGUCGGAUCUCGAGCACGCCAUGUCUCUCUAUCGUGCGUGGGAGCGCGCGUACGACUUGGCGGAAGGCACGAUCCGCCCGCCCGCCAAGAUCUCUCUUCCGCCAAACGUCCCCCCUCUGCCGCACCUGGAGGACUGCGCGGCGCGCACUGCGUUCCGCGAGGCAACGGAGAAGCGCGCGGCCAGUGGGGAGUUGCCCAAGUGGUCCACCUCGUCCGAGGCGUGCGGCUGGGUGCCGCAGCCGCCCUGGAUCCGCGGGUCGGACGCGGGCAACCUGGCGGCAACGUGGCGGGCGCAGCGCGACCUGUGGGAGUGGCAGUUCCCCGCGUCGUGCCGGGAGCGGCGGCUGGUGCUGAUCGAGUGGUCACCGCUGGAGCGGCACGGGCUGGGGUCGCAGGUGCACAUCAUGACGGCGCUCUUCAGCCUCGCUGUCAGCUACAACCGCACCUUCGUGCCCAUGCCCGACUCCUACAUGCGCGCCAACCACUCCGAGUGCCAAGCCCUGGGCAAGGCGUCAACCUUCGAGUGCUACUUCUUCCCCAUGGUAUCCAGGGAGUGCGAGGACAUGGCCAUGGCGGAGCACAAGGCGGGCCGCAUCCCGCCGUGCGCUGACUUCCGCGGGCUGGAGGGGGCGCUGAGGUCGGACAGCCCUGUGGUGUGUGCCAACGACGACGACUACAACUUCCUUCGCCUGCGCAGCGAUGCUGCCAGGUGCGCUAGGCUGGGUGGUUGCUGUAAGAGGGUUGCUACACACAUUCAAGGCACACAGCUUGUGGUAUGCGCGCGCCAAGAAGGACGAGAUGACAACUUUUCCGUCUGUGAUGAGGAGGCAGGUGAAUCAAUGAUGGGUACUUCCCCCAAGGUGCACGGAGCACAUCUUCUUGGCCGCCCCAGAGGCUCAUCCCGCCAGGCAGACAGACUCGCUGCAAUGGCACGAGCGGUGCUCUCCUCUCCUCCUUUUCCCCCUCCCUUUCUCCCUCCUUUUCCCCCUCCCUUUCUCCUUCCUUUUCCCCCUUUCUAUCUCCCUCCUUUUCCCUCUCCGUUUCUCCCUCUUUUUCCCCCUCCCUUUCUCCCUCCUUUCCCCCUCCCUUUCUCCCUCCUUUUCCCCCUCCCUCUCUCCCUCCUUUUCCCCCUCCCUUUCUCCCUCCUUUUACCCCUCCUUUCCUCCCUCCUCCUCGACCCUUUUACCGUCCCUUUCCGCCUCCCUUUCCCGCUCCCUUUCUCCCCCUUCCCUUCCCACUUCCUUUCCCCCUCCCCAGGCCUCGCCGCUCCCCCUGUCUCCCCCCCUCCUAGGGAGCUCCACCGGACCACACGUACCGACAACGGUGGUGAAGCUUACAACUUCUUCAUCCCACUCACAACAACCCCCCUCUCCUUGAGUCGACUCAACACAUUCCCCGGGCCUCUGCCCCUGGCCUCCCCUCUUCCUUUCCUGCUCCCCAUGCCGGUAACCGUGUCGGUCUUUCCGUGGCAGGGAGUGGGGCGACGCGUACCUGCAGCGGCCCAACGAAGUGGAGCUCACCGGCUCCAUGCAGCCCGUCAACCCCGCGCAGCGCCAAGUGGGCUCGCUGUGUCAUGCCCUCAGGUGGGGUGUGUCAUGGCCGCAGGUGGGGUGUGUCAUGGCCGCAGGCCCCCUUAUUCUCUUUUGAGUCGACUCGAAGGUCACCUUCUCCCCUUCCCUCCUCUCAUCUCCCCUACAUCCCCCCUCCUUCCAACCCCACGCACACCAGGUGCACUGGUGGCGAGCCCAGGCGAUCCGUUUCAUGCUGCGCUGGCCGUCGGCAUACAUGUGCCAUUUCACCAACCGCGUGCGGCACAAUGCGAUGCAUACGGCCAGCAGGUCGCCAUCCACAUGGCCAAGGCAGCAGUGGAGCAGGACGCCAUCAUUAAAGCCCUCAAACCGGACGAUGCGCACAAGGGCCUGGCCAUCAACUACGGGCAGGAGAUCAACACGCUCUCCCACAUGAACUUCUCCGCGCCCAACCUCGAGAAUGAGGUCUGGCCGGGCCUGGACUAUGCUGGGUGUUCGCUGGACAACCAUACGGACCCCGAGGCGCCAAAGCACGCGGCUGACUCGGUGUACGAGGGGGUGGGUGGCGAGCCGUAUAUCCCGCGCCCGAGUGUGAGCAUGCACGUGCGGCAAGGGGACAAGGCGGGCGAGAUGCGGCUCAUCUCCUUCCCCUCGUUCAUGUUCAUGGCCAACAGGCUCAGACGCAGGGUACCCUUCCUCAAAUACGUCUGGCUCAGCACUGAAAUGCAGAGCGUGAUAGACCAGUCACAGCAGUACAAGGACUGGGCCUUCCUCUACUCCACGAACCCCCGGCAGAACGGCACAACCUCCAUCUUUGAGUAUGAGCAGACGGCAGGAGUGGCGAAGCUGGCGGGGAUCAGCCUGGCGAACCUGCUCAUCUCAUCGCAGGCGGAUUUCUUUGUGGGCGCGCUGGGCUCCAACUGGAACCGCCUCAUUAGUGAGCUCAAGGCCACAAGUGGAAGGCUCUAUGCCGGCUAUGCGUCCGUGAAUUUCGACAAGUGGUAG